AUGAAUUUCGCUAUCCUACUUUGUCUUCUCACGGUUGGCGCCGUCCUUGGAAAGCCUCUCAGUCAACUCGAUGGUGACAAAAUAAUUGACACCGAGCAAAGGACAAUUGUGAUUCGUCCGCCUGAAAGCAAUGAGGACUUGUCUCCACCAGAUGGAUCAGACGAAGAACGCCCGCGUCCCCCGGACGGUUCGGAUGAAGAACGCCCGCCUUUCCCGGAUAGUUCGGAUGAAGAACGUCCGCCUUUCCCGGAUGAUUCGGAUGAAGAACGCCCGCGUCCCCCAAAUGGCUCCGAUGAAGAACGCUCGCCUUUCCCGGAUGAUUCGGAUGAAGAACGCCCGCGUCCCCCGAAUGCCUCGGAUGAAGAACGCCCACCAAUUGAUGAACGUCCACCCCCAGGAGAAGAGGAUCCAAGACCACCUCAGGGAGGAGAAGACGAACGUCCACCACAGGGAGGAGAUGACCAGCGUCCACCACAGGGUGGAGAUGACCAUCGUCCGCCUCAAGGCGGAGAUGACAAACGUCCACCACAGGGAGGAGAUGACCAGCGUCCACCACAGGGAGGAGAUGACCAUCGUCCGCCUCAAGGCGGAGAUGACAAACGUCCACCACAGGGAGGAGAUGACCAGCGUCCACCACAGGGAGGAGAUGACCAACGUCCGCCUCAGGGAGGAGAUGACCAACGUCCACCUGAGGGCGGUGAUUGCAAACGGCCACCCCAGGGAGAAGAUGGACAGCGACCACCACAAGGUGGUGAAGAACCAUGUCAAGGAGAUGAAAAUGGUAGUCCAGGAUCAAAGAUUGUCAAUGUCAAUGUGAAUAUUCGUGUAUAA